AUGGCGGUCGAUAACUCCCUAGAGUCGCUUCUUGCGACGCUUACUUCUUCGAUUCAAUCCGCCACUGAAGCUCUACCCAACGAUGAUAAUUUGCCACCAAAGGAAGGCAUCUCAUUACUGGAUGCGAAGAACGAAAUACUACUUUCGUAUCUCCAGAACCUCGUGUUUCUUAUUCUUUUGAAGCUUAGAUCACGUUCUGGCUCGAAUGGAGAGAUCCAAGGGCAGCAUCUUCAUCCCCAGGACGAAGUGGUCCAGAAGCUCGUUGAGCUGCGGGUUUACCUAGAGAAGGGCGUUCGACCUCUUGAGAACCGCCUUAAGUACAGCAUCGACAAAAUCAUCAGGACCGCGAACGAUGCUACCCGGAGGACCACUCAAGCAACCUCGAAGCCAAAAGCCAGGAAGAGCAGGGUAGAUGUAGGGUCUGAGUCAGAUGUUAGCGAUGCAGGGUCAGCGCAGACGGAAGAAGAUGAAGAUGAGAUGUCUUUUGCGCCAAACAAAGCUGCCGUUUCACGGAUGAAGUCAGAGGCCACAGAAGGGAGAGUCAAAGAGUCCGCGAAUGAUGGCAUCUACAGACCACCCAAGAUCACACCAAUGGCCAUGCCGACUGUCGAAACCCGAGAAGCGAGACGAGAGCGCAGACCUGGCAAAUCAGCUACUCUGGAUGAAUUUAUCGCAACCGAACUUUCGUCUGCCCCUAUCGCUGAGCCGAGUAUUGGAAGUACUAUCACCCAUGGUGGUCGCCAUACGAAAUCUGAAAAGGAGAGACGUGAGGAGAACGAGAGGAGAGAGUAUGAAGAAUCCAACUUUACGCGUCUGGCUCCGGAGAGCAAGAAGGAUGAAGCCAAGAAGCGCGCGCGGCAACGAGAGGGCGGCUUUGGCGGAGAGGAAUGGCGGAGCUUGGGUGCUGGUAUAGACCGCAUUGAAAGACUAACGCAGAAGAAGGGUGGGAAGCUAGGAACCUUGGAGAAGAGUAGGAAGCGGCCAAUUGGCGACGGGCCCCGUGGAUCUGGUUCGGCAGCAGGGGAUGCCUUUGAAAAGCGGAGGAAGGUCGUGUCCAAGCACAGGAAAUGA